AAGUAAAACAUUCACUUUAGCUUUUUACACACACUCUUGAGAAAGAGGGAGUUUCUUAUUCCUUCUAGAAACAAAAACGCUUCUUUCGGAAACGGAGAUUUAGGGUUUUCAUUUAUCGGCGAUCGAAAAAAGCGAGAUUUGAAAUUGUGAGAAGAAAUGGCAGAGCAUCACGAACACGACGAAUCAAAGGGUGAAUCUUUGUUAGACAAGAUUUCAGGGAAAAUCCACGACCACGAUUCUUCGUCUUCAUCGGAUUCCGAUAACGAGAAAAAGAAUCCAUCCCCUUCUACUCUCAAGUCAAAGGUUUUCAGGCUUUUCGGAAGGGAAAAACCACUUCACAAUGUUCUUGGUGGAGGAAAACCUGCUGAUGUUUUUUUAUGGAGAAAUAAGAAGAUAUCAGCAACGGUGCUUGGAGUGGCCACAGCUUCAUGGAUUCUGUUUGAAUUACUUGAAUACCAUCUCUUGACUUUGGUUUGCCACUUAGCGAUACUUGCUCUGGCUGUAUUGUUCUUAUGGUCAAAUGCAUCCACUUUCAUCAACAAGGCACCACCAAAGAUCCCACAAGUGCACAUUCCUGAGGAACCUGUUUUACAGAUUGCCGCUGCUCUUAGAAUUGAGAUCAACCGGGUUUUUGCUGUAUUAAGGGAUAUUGCUUCUGGAAAGGAUCUCAAAAAGUUUCUCUCGGUGAUUGCUGGAUUAUGGGUUUUGUCUAUUGUUGGUAGUUGGGCCAACUUCUUGACAUUGUUCUACAUAGCUUUUGUUUUGCUUCACACUGUACCUGUGCUUUAUGAGAAAUAUGAAGAUCGUGUGGACUCUUUUGGUGAGAAGGCACUUGCUGAGUUCAAGAAGCAGUACGCGGUGUUUGAUGCAAAGGUUUUGAGCAAGAUUCCCAAAGGAGCUUUGAAAAACAAAAAGAAAGAUUAAGUGCUGACAAGUAUGUUGUAGUUGGGUUUCAUCGGAUUCAUCAUCAGUUUAAGCCCUAUAAUGUUAUAUUUGUAUUUUUCUGGGGUUUCUUAGUAGACAUUGUCGAAGAAAUGCUUUUUAUGUUUUUCUGUUGCUUACAUGGAAUAUCCUAUAUUUUAUGGUUGAGCUGCUGUUGUGUUGUAUUUACAUCAUGAAUAUACUUUUCUGCACAUGAAUGUUUUCAUAUAUAAGAGUAGGUGGUAAUAAUGUCUCCCAACA